AUGGCAUCUAAAGAGCGUCCCUCACCCAAGGUGGAUGUCAAUAACUUGACAUUCGCGUUCCCAGAUGGCAGUACUGGUCUACAAAAGGUCGCUCUGGAGCUGCCCGCAAACAGCAGGACCCUGCUGAUCGGUGCCAAUGGUGCUGGAAAGACUACUUUGCUUAGACUUCUGUCUGGAAAGCGUAUGGCGCCGAAGGGUACCGUCAGCAUUGCAGGCAUCGAUCCCUUCGCCGAAGGUCUUGAGGGUGUAACGUAUUUGGGCAUGGAGUGGACCUUGAAUUCUAUCACUCGCACAGAUAUCGACGUGCCGACCCUACUGGCUUCAAUAGGCGGCGACGCUUACCCCGAGAGAAGGGAUGAGUUGGUCAAGAUCCUAGACGUGGAUUUGAAAUGGCGUCUUCAUGCCGUUUCUGACGGCGAGAGAAGACGAGUCCAGCUAUGCAUGGGUUUGAUCAGACCAUGGACUGUUCUCUUAUUGGACGAAAUCACCGUGGAUCUGGAUUUGCUUUCACGUUACAACUUCCUGCAGUUCCUGAAGAGAGAGACAGAGGCUCGCCCUUGCACCAUUGUCUAUGCAACACACAUUCUGGACAACCUGGCUGACUGGCCUACUCAUCUGGUCCAUAUGUCUCUCGGCAAAGUGAGACAGUGGGGUGCUAUGGAGUCUUUCAACGUCGAAGGUGUCCAAGGUGGUCGCUCGGGUAACAGUCUUUUGGGAGAGCUUGUGUUGGAAUGGCUGCGUGAGGAUCUGGAAGAGCGUGGCCCACGCAAUGGACAGCAAUCGGAGAGCAAAACAUAUGACUCGCACGAAGGAAAGGGUGGAUAUGGCCAAUUGAAGGCACCUCCAAGGGAAGCUUAA